GUUUUUAAUGUUUUCGAUAGCAGACGAAACGAAAAGUAGCCUAGGCCUAGUAAGAUUGACAUGGCUGCGCCAACAGAAGAACCGAAAACGUACAUUACUCUCAAGAGAAAACUUUCGCCUCAAAAGACUACAUUUUCUCAGAGUGCGUUUCCUGUGGAAACUGGUGAUGGUCAGAAACAGUCGUCCUUGUCGAGAUCAUCUGCAGAAUAUGAUACGGUAGUUACAGGAGGAAUGGGAAGUUCGCCCAAGAAACGACUGUUUGUAACGGUCGAUGCUGAUGGUAAUCAAGUCCAAGUGGAGGUUCCCCACAACACUUUACCAGAAGGUGUAAAUCCUGAUGACGCCAGUUCUUACAUAGUUCAUGCUGAAGACAUUAAUCUUGACUUGUCUUCUUAUUCCUAUUCAGUGGUAGUUGAUGGCAUUGUUGAAGAUGUGGAGUUGAAUGACUGUCAAUACCCUGAAGAGUCUGUGAAACUUGUGAAAGGAGACCUAAAACCUGUUGACAUAGACAGUGAAAGUGAUGAUCAUGAUGCUGAAGACAGCAAGGAAGAUUAUAUUCUUGCUGAGCCAGAGGAUGCAGACCCACUUUUCAAGUCGCACUACAGGAUGAGUCGCAUUGUUGCAUCUGAGCUGAUGGACAAAGUGGGAGCUCAUCCUAAGAUGAUUGGAAGGGUGCAGACUCUUGAGCAAAAGGUCUUAGCAUCUCUCUUUCUCCUUGGCAAUAAGACCAGCUACAUCGUAGCCUCGGACAAAUAUCAUAUGUCUAAGGGAUCGCUGUAUCUGACUCUUAAGAAUUUUUGCCAGGUUCUGACGGAGAUGAGAAGUGACUAUAUCAAAUGGCCAACUGAUCAAAUUGGACUUCGUAAAAUUGCUCUUGAAUUCGACCAAGAGACGGGGAUGCCAGGUGUUGUAGGAGCCGUUGACGGAAUACACUUUCCCAUCAAGCAAAAAUCUCGCCUAGGCCAUGCAUACAGAAACAGCCAGGGCUAUCUCAGUAUCCAUAUGCAGGCGGUAUGUGAUGCAAACUUUAUGUUCCUCGACGUCCACUGCGGCAAUCCAGGGUCUGUGGAUGACGAGACUGUGUACAGGUCGUGUGACCUGCGAGCCAAACUUUUGCACGACCCUCUCCCGGCCGAUCUCCACCUUGUGGGGGAUGCGGGAUACCCACUGGAGCCGUUCAUGCUCACUCCGUUCCCAGGUGAUGUCCGUCGCCUCACUCGACAGCAGAAGGAAUUCAACGACCGGCACACGAACGCUGUGCUGGCCGUGAAAAUUUCCCUACAGCUCCUCCAAGGUCGUUUUCAGCGCCUCAAGUUCCUGGACAUGGAGCGGGAGUCUGACAUUCCGGUGACCAUUGUGGCCUGCUGCGUUCUUCACUGCUUCCUGUUGCAGGAGGAGAACGAUGAGGAAGAAGAGGAGUUUCUAGAUUUGUCCGAAAUUGACCCGACUCCAGAUAUCAACAAAUCAGAGAAGGAGUUGAGAGCCUUGUGCAAUCAUUAUCAACCGGAGGCAGCUAGUAAAAGAGAUGUUCUAGCUAACCUUAUAACUCCUGUUUAGCAGAGAUAGGGCUGAGAGCUAUAUAUGAUAUACAAGUAAUCAAACCCCCUUUCUUCAAACUUACUUGAAGUAGUCUAUUAAACUAAAGUAAGCUGGCAUCAGGUAGUAAUUCUAUAUUGGAUCGUUUGAACUCUGACCAUCUGAACCCUAGAAAAUGCCUCAAACUUUGGAUUCUGCAGUCAAGACAUGUUUUAAAUCAAACUCUAAAAGAGAAAGACUCAUUUGUAAUAUAUAAUAUAAAAAAACAAAAGAGAAGGAAACUCUUAUUAAUUAUACUAAAAAUGAACGAUAAAUGCAGUUUUAUAAUGGGCAAACUCCUGCUCACUUUACCUGUUUUUCCAGUGUAUCAAACUAACUUUCUUUCGAAGAGAGGCAGUGGCUACAGUGUGCUCACUAGAGCUGGCUUUUUUCUAGCUUUGUAUAACCAGUUCCUGUACGUCAUGUCAGCUAAAACAUUAGUGUUUAUAAUACUGUCCCCGUCGUUUUAUGCAAGAAAAAUUCAGAAAUUAUGCAAACUGAGCCAAAAAAUGUGAAAUUAUGCGA